CCCAUCACCAACUCCUCGCACGCCACACGUGUGUUUCGAAUUGUAAACACGCGCUGGAAUUGUAAUUUAGUUUUUAGCCUGCAAAAAUGGGCGCCACGAAGAACCUGGACUUGAUAGGUACCAUCGAAGACGAUGCCGAAGUGGAGAACCUGUCGGAGGACUCCGAUGCCGAAGUGGAGUAUCAACCCACGAAACUGAGACACAAAAAGGUCACCGAGUUCGAGAAGGGCUUCGAGUUCGUGUCCUCUGUGAAGGAGUACAACCAGGACACUUGGGACGACUUGAUGAAGUAUGUGAAAAGGAAGGCGCGCACAAAGACAGACGACAAGAUCGCCGCCCGUUUGCAAAAGAGAGGCGGCGCCGAGGCAGUGGCCGCGGAGCAGAGCGACGGCAGCGAAAUUGAUCUCUCCGAGGACGAGCUGAAGCACGAUAACUUAAGGCUGCGCGAAAAGAAGCUGUCCAAGAACAAGAAGAAGAAGGCGGGCGAAGAGGACGAAGAGGAGGAGGGCGAGAAGAUGCAGUUUGACGAUACCAUAGAGGCCAAUGAGCAGAUAACCUCCUUCUACCAGAUGAAUCUAUCGCGUCCCUUGAUGCGCGCCAUCGGCGUUUUGGGCUACAUCUAUCCCACGCCCAUCCAGGCCUCCACGAUCCCGGUGGCUUUGCUGGGUCGUGACAUCUGUGGCUGUGCCGCCACGGGUACAGGCAAAACGGCAGCCUACAUGCUGCCCACACUAGAGCGCUUGCUGUAUCGUCCGCUGAACAAUAAAGCAAUCACCAGGGUGCUGGUGCUGGUGCCCACCCGUGAAUUGGGCGCCCAGGUCUAUCAGGUGACCAAGCAGCUGUGCCAGUUCACCAGCAUUGAUGUGGGCCUGGCCAUUGGCGGUCUGGAUGUCAAGGCUCAGGAGUCAGUGCUGCGCCAGAAUCCGGAUAUAGUUAUAGCCACGCCCGGUCGUCUUAUAGAUCAUAUAAAGAACACGCCCAGCUUUACCUUGGAUUCUAUAGAGGUUCUCAUCCUUGACGAAGCUGACCGCAUGCUGGACGAAUACUUUGCCGAGCAGAUGAAGGAGAUCAUUAACUCUUGCUGCAAAACCCGCCAGACCAUGCUGUUCUCCGCUACCAUGAGCGAACAGGUCAAGGAUCUGGCUGCCGUUUCACUGGACAAACCGGUCAAGGUUUUCGUGAACAAUAACCAGCAGGUAGCCUUCAAUCUGCGCCAGGAAUUCAUACGCAUCCGCGAGGAUAAAGAGGGCGAUCGUGAGCCCAUUCUGGCCAGCUUGAUUUGCCGCACGUUCCACGACCACUGUAUGGUCUUUGUCCAGACCAAGAAGCAAGCCCAUCGUUUGCACAUCCUGUUGGGUCUCCUGGGUGUCCGUGCCGGAGAAUUGCAUGGAAACCUCACGCAGCAACAGCGUCUGGAGUCGCUGAAGAAGUUCAAGGAGGAGCAAAUCGAUGUGCUAAUCGCCACUGAUGUGGCAGCUCGUGGUCUAGACAUUGUGGGCGUGAAGACAGUCAUCAACUUUGUGAUGCCCAUCACCACGGAGCACUAUAUUCAUCGAGUUGGUCGUACAGCGCGAGCAGGACGCGCUGGUAUCUCCGUUUCCCUGGCCGGCGAAAAAGAGCGCAAGAUCGUCAAGGACAUCAUUAAGAACGCCGAGAGUACCAUCAAGAAUCGUAUUAUUCCUCCAGAGAUCAUAGAAAAAUAUCGCAACAAGCUGACCAGCUUGGAGCCAGAGAUACAAAACAUUCUGGAUGAGGAGCAGGCGGAACGGCAGCUGGCCAAAACCGAGCAGCAGCUGUCCAAAACAGAACGCAAGUUGCUGGGACAAUCCAACGAGCGACGCGGCUGGUUCCAGACCAAACAGCAGCGCGAGGCUGAGAAGGAGCGCCUGGCUCUAACCACCGGCGACGAGGAGAAGCCUGCUGGCGGAGGCAAGGGCAAGGGUAAGACCGCCACCAAACGUAAGCGACCCGAGUGGGGUGGAGAUGGCGAGGAUGGGCCCUCGGUCAAGGAGAUUGAGGCCAAGCGCAACAAGAAGAAGAAGGAGGAGCCCCGCAAGAAGACGCCGGAGCAGUUGGCCAAGGAACGGGCGAUGAAGGAGAUCGAAAAGGUGUCCCUGGUGCGGGCCAAGAUGGCCAAGCUGCGCAAGCGUCCCGGCAAGCUGGGAGCGGCCACAGAGACGCACAGGGGCAAUGCUGGACCUAGCAAACCCAAGCGACGUGGCGGCCAGUCGGCGUUCGAUAAUGAUUUGACCGAUGUCAGCCGCGGUGGAGCACUUCGUUUAAGGUCGGAGGCCAACCGACACCAGAAAAUGUCCAAGAUUGCGGCGAAGAAGAAGGCCAGCGGUGGGGGCAAGGGUAAGCCCAUGAACAAGUCAGCCAAGAGCAAGGUCAGCAACGUGAAGCUGGCCAACAAGGCGGGCAAGAACAAGUUCAACAAGGGCAAGAGCUUCGGCGGACCACGUUACGCCAAAAAGGACAAGAAAAAGUAGAGAUGUACAAUAGUUGUAUGCAAUGUUAAAUCGUAAACUUGUAAAAUAAAGCAU